AUGCGCUGGGCCUGGGUGGCGGCCACAGUCCUCCUCUGGCCACAGCUCGCGUUCCUCGGGGGCAGCGGGGCCCGGCGGGAGCCCAAGAGGCCUCGGCAGUCCAGCCAGCGCCCCAUAGCCCCCAGCGCCACCACACUGGGCAGCGAGGGGCUACUGGGCUUCCCCAAGCUGCCCGAGGCCUCAGGGCCUGAGUUCACAGAUGCCCAUGUGACAUGGCUGAACUUUGUCCGGCGCCCUGAUCAUGGGCCCUCAAAGAAGCGGUGCCGAGGCCAGGACAAGAAAUCGCGAGGCCUCUCUGGCCCCCCCGGCCACCCCGGUGUGGAGAUCCCCCAGGAGUCUGCACUGCGGGAGUUCCAGGACAUGCUGAAGGAGGCCACCGAGCAUCGGUCCUUGGGGCUGCUGGGCCCUGUGUUGCCUGAGGGGAUAGGCAGGCAGCUGGUGGCCGAGGCCUUCCACUGUCGGCUGAGGGGCCCGGUGCUGGUGGACAAGAAGACGCUGGUGGAACUGCAGGGCUUCCAGGCCCCUGCGGCCCAGGGUGCCUUCCUGCGGGGGUCUGGCCUGAGCCUGGCCUCCGGUCGGUUCACAGCCCCGGUGACUGCCAUCUUCCAGUUUUCCGCCAGCCUGCAUGUGGAUCCCAGGGAGCUGCAGGGCAGGGUCCGGCUGAGGGCCCAGGACACAGUGCGGGUGCUGGUCUGCAUUGAGUCCCUGUGCCAUCGCUACAUGUCCCUGGAGGCCAUCUCCAGCCUGGAGAGCAGUGGCAGUGUCUUCUCGAUGCAUGUGCAGGGGCUGCUGCAGCUGCAGGCUGGACAGUACACCUCCGUCUUCGUGGACAAUGGCUCUGGGGCAGCUCUCACUGUGCAGAGCAGCUCCAGCUUCUCUGGCUUGCUCCUGGGCCCAUGA